AUCAUCGUUCGUACAAUGCGAAAAGGGAAGUUGAAAGAAGUGGGAGAGGGACAUCGCGGAGCCUUAUGAAAUCUAGCGUUAUAGUUGCUGGCUGGGGACGCGACACACUGUGAAGUGCCACAAAUAUUGUCCUGGAGACACCAUUCACUAUAACUAGCUUCCUCUUUCUGCUGGGUAUUCUCAACAUUUUUUCACAGUAAAUCAGCGGCCAGAGGAAGAGACCGGGCAGUGUGACAUGGCAAGUAGAGGCGGAGCUACACGACCCAAUGGGCCAAAUGCAGGCAACAAGAUCUGCCAAUUCAAGCUCGUGCUUUUAGGAGAGUCAGCCGUGGGAAAGUCGAGUCUCGUACUUCGUUUCGUCAAGGGACAGUUUCAUGAAUUCCAAGAGAGCACAAUCGGAGCUGCCUUUCUGACUCAGACAGUAUGUUUGGACGACACAACAGUCAAGUUUGAAAUCUGGGACACAGCUGGUCAGGAGCGCUACCACAGUCUGGCUCCCAUGUACUACAGAGGUGCCCAGGCAGCCAUUGUGGUGUAUGAUAUAACAAAUGAGGAGUCAUUUGUACGGGCGAAGAACUGGGUUAAAGAGCUUCAGAGACAAGCCAGUCCAAAUAUUGUAAUAGCUCUGGCUGGGAACAAGGCUGAUCUCGCAAACAAGAGAGCACUGGACUUCCAGGAUGCACAAUCAUACGCAGAUGACAACAGCUUGCUUUUUAUGGAAACAUCAGCAAAGACUUCUAUGAACGUGAAUGAGAUCUUCAUGGCCAUUGCAAAGAAGUUGCCCAAAAAUGAGCCUCAGGCGGCCGGAGCCAGCAGCGGGCGGAACCGGGGAGUGGACCUGACAGAGACGGCUCAGCCCACCAGCCGUCCCUGCUGCAGUAACUAACCCAGCUCUUCCUGCUCACCCCCCCAAAACACACACACACAUACACACAUCCCCUGCCCCCCCUGCCCUCCUCUCAGCUGAACAACAUCUGGACAUCGGGCUCCUUGGCUUCCUGACCGUCAACCUCACUCCCCUGGAAUAGCUAAAAGACUCUGUAUAGCUGCAUUUCUAAUACCUUUUGGGUUUUUUUUGUUGAUGUUUUUUUUUUUUAACUUUUUUUAAGAAGUGUAUAUCAGUAUAAUGGAUGCAUGUAUCACUACAACGCCUAAAACAACACAUUUGUAUCUCUUCUUCAGUUGUAAGACUAACCCCGUGUCAGAAAGACGAGCGAGCGAGAAGCCUGUGAACGUGUGAUUGUCUCGUGUGUGAAGUGUGAUUUGCUGAUGAGAAGGCGUAGCCUCAUUUGUCGCUUCACAGGGGCCGGCCGGAUGUCGCCUGAUACUCUUUGUGUGCGGCUAAAAUUAUGCUCGCAAACCAAAUUGUUCCCAUCUUAAGACGCCUGGCUUCUCAGACCGUCAGCGUACGGAGAAGGUGCCAGGAAAGGACUGUUGCGUAAAACCAAGAAUCCCUCCCUCCACACAUCUGUUACACAAGAAGACAUCUUCAUCCAAGGCUCGAAAUGGAAAGUGCGGAAAAUAAAUUUAGUACUGUCCAGUUUUUGGAAAAGUUGGAAAUUGCACACAAGAAAGUCCUUUUUGAGAGUUAAGAAGACAAACUGCAUCGGCUUCCCAUUACGUGCGACCAUCUGUAGAGCGAUAUGGGCUUGUCACGUUGCCACACAUCAUAUUGAACAGCGAGUCUUGGAAGAGUGGGAACAUCAGGAACCGACACCUUCAGGCCCGCAUGAGGCCGGUAUGACAGGAUUUUUAAAUUUAGCCUUGCUGUUUAUUUGCAUUGAUGUUUGAAGUCCAUCGCAGACGUCCCAUGUUAAAUUGCGACCCUGAUUUGGCUUCACGUGGAAAAGAAAACCCGCAGGAAACUUGAAGACUGUUGAACAUCAUGCUUUGUGAGAUGUCUUGCGAAGACUUGAACAUAGUCCUAUGUUAAACUCUUGUCUUUGUUGAUCUGCUCUGUUUCUGUUCAGGCCAGUAGUCGACCUGCAUCAAUUUGGAGGAUCUCAAUCAAAAGGGGGGAUUGUUUUUAGAAUAGAUUUCUGAGAGCACACACAGAAAAUUGGACUACUACCCAUUAUCACAAGUCUGUGGAAAAAAUAUACUCUAAUGUUGUUAUAGGGUGCAAUGUUGCAAUGUUGUCUUCUUCCUCCUUUAGUACAGCUUGCAGAGCUCAUGAGCUCACCAGGAAAUUAUUUAGAGAUUCCGAACAAUUGUACAGUUCAAUAUAGCUCUGCUUUUUAUUUUAUUUUAUUUUAAUUUUAUUUUCAUCCUCGGCCUUGUCACAAACAGGUCAAAUGUUAAGCAGUGGUGGUCUUUUUAGGUAUAUGUAGUGUUAUUAACAAACUCCCUCUCUGGUGUCUUGUUACUUUUCUCAGAAAUGGUCCAUGGUCAUGUUUGAAAGGAACUUUUAUUGCAUUGCACAGUGUUGGUCAUGUUUUAAUUAAUGACUGCCCUUCGAUUUUAUAUGACAGACUGUCUUGGACUUGCUAACCUACGGCUACAAGCAGGUAGCAUAAUUAAGCUUACUGGUGGUCUCUCUUACAGCUCAAUGAAUUUUAAUGAUAAAACAGCAUUACUAGUGAUGGGCUGAUCAGUUUUGAGUGUCUGAAUACAACUUAAUAAAUUCAAUAAAGAGGUCUCUUGUAUGCCUCCUUGCUCUGA